AAGCGAUCUGUUAUCAGUUAGUAAUGUCUGGCAGCAUGGCGAACUUCACGGAUGCAACAUCACUGCAGCAAUUUCAGGAAUUACUGAAAAAUAAUAGCAAGUCCCUCACCGUUGUUCAUUUUCACGCACCAUGGGCUCCGCAGUGCUCGCAGAUGAACGAUGUGAUGGCAGAGUUGGCCAAGGAACACAAACACACUAUGUUUGUGAAGCUGGAGGCAGAGGCAGUCCCUGAGGUUUCGGAGAAAUAUGAGAUCGCUUCAGUUCCCACCUUCCUCUUCUUCAAGGGCGGUGAGAAGAUUGACAGGUUGGAUGGUGCACAUGCCCCUGAGCUGACCAAUAAGGUGCAGAGGUUGGGGUCCGGUGGGGGCGGAGCUGCAGGGGUGGGGGACGUCCCUAAAGAGGAUCUCAACGAGAGACUGAAGAAGCUGAUCAACGCCGCGCCUUGCAUGGUCUUUAUUAAGGGAACGCCCCAGGAACCUCGCUGCGGCUUUAGUCGUCAGAUUGUUCAGAUCCUAAAGGAGCACAACAUACAGUUCAGCAGCUUUGACAUUCUCUCGGAUGAAGACGUCCGACAGGGACUCAAGACUUACUCCAACUGGCCCACUUAUCCGCAAGUCUACGUCAACGGCGACCUCAUCGGAGGAUUGGACAUUAUAAAGGAGCUUGUUGAGUCUGGUGAGAUUGAGAAUACUUUCCCCAAAACCGUCUCGCUGGAACACAGGCUAAAAUCACUCAUCAAUAAAUCACCCGUCAUGCUCUUCAUGAAGGGCAACAAAGAGACUGCCAAAUGUGGAUUCAGCCGUCAGAUCCUUGAAAUAAUGAAGAGCACGGGGGUUGAAUAUGAAACUUUUGACAUACUGGAAGAUGAAGAGGUUAGACAAGGAUUAAAGACUUACUCCAACUGGCCGACAUACCCACAGCUAUAUGUUAAAGGAGAUCUGAUCGGAGGACUGGACAUAAUAAAGGAGCUGAAGGAGAACGGUGAACUGGUGUCUGUGUUGAAGGGGGAGAACUGAAGCGUUCCAGCAUGAAUGACCAUGAGGAUCAAAUCACUGAAAUAUCUGCAACUGCACACACACACACAUAACCUCAGGAGCAGAGGACUUCAGUUUGUCUUUUUCCAUUUAAGUUGACCCUUUGUAGAAGCAGUGUGUCAAAAACUCAUCAAUAUAUUGUUAAACCUUUGCUAUAAAUCCAAUAAAAUCUGUUUCUUCACCUUA